AUGGAUCACAUGUCUCCCAGGUUGAGAGCUUUCCUCUCUGAACCCAUUGGAGAAAAGGAUGUUGUCUGGGUAGAUGGGAUCAGCCAUGAACUUGCAAUCAAUUUGGUCACCAAAGGUUUCAACAAGGCCUACACCCUGCUGGGACAGUUCCUUCUGAUGCACAAGAAUGAAGCUGAGUUCCAGAGGUGGCUCAUUUGUUGUUGUGGUGCCACAGAGUGUGAAGCCCAGGAGAGUUCUAACUGCCUGAAGGAGUGGUGCUCCUGCUUCCUGUAAGCACACCUCCUUGCUCUGCCACCUGGGAAAUGAUGUGUUCUGUACCUAGACCCAGGCUCAGAGUCAUUAUUUUUGUUUUUAACUUAAAUGAUACAUGCUUGUUAUUAAAAGU